AUGGCAUCAAACAAUAACUUUAACACCGUGGCCCUAAAACAGACAGCAUGCACCGGAAACGCUAAUCGCAUCGUCACUAAAAGUUCCCAUAGUUCGCAAAAUUGUCCCGACGAAAUGGUGGAAAAGGGCACCAAGCGCAAAGCGGACAUGAGCCUAGCCAAGCAGGAAAUCGGUGCCAAACGAUUCGCGCUUGGUAAUCUAACCAAUGCCGAAACGACAGGUACGUCUUCGACGAUUGGGGCUGUUCUCAAAAGUAAGGUGACCAACUUUCUUAGCAAACCUAUGUUGUCUAAUAAAGCUGCAGCUGCAGGGUAUGUCUCCAAACCAACAUGGAAGCCAAACGAGCAUCAUUUCAAGAAAAACAAAGUGCCGAAGAUCAAUGGCGUCCCCAGGAUCAUGACACGCGCUGCCAUGCGAAAACAGCAAGCUGUGAACAUACAACAGGAUAAGCCAAUUGCAAUUGCAGCCAUCAAGGACAAGGAGAAUGUACCAUCGUCGUCGGAAAUCUCCACAGCGAACGGUGCGGGAGUUACGGCUGUUUCACUCGGGCAAAGCCGUAAAGCGGACGAAUUACUGGCCAAAUCGAAGCCAAUAGCGACUGUGGUAGAUAGUAGAGCAUCAUGGAAAAAUGUUCUACGAACGCGUUCGACAGCAAUUGUGGCUGAAGCAGAAAGCACCACACAAGAGCCCGUGAAUGGUGAGCAGAAAAAGUCCCAAACAGUGAACACUGCUUUACCCAAACGCUACGAACUGAAGCCAAAAAGGGGUCGGCCUUCGAGUGAGUUCGAAGCGAGUGACAACUCACUGUACGUGACGGCAGUUGAAAAUUUGGAAGAAGCCUCCGGCCAAUUAGAUCUGGCUGGUAUGGAAACGGAUUGCAUAGAACUGCGUGGCCAGGUUGCACAAACCAAGAAACCACAGGCAACUAACAACGGUCCACCUGUCCGGCCCGACUUGAAGCUGAAGCGCGGUCAUGGUUCGAAUGAAUUCGAAGACAAUUCGUUGUAUGUGACGGCAGUAGAGCAUCUGGAUGCGGCUGGUACAUCGACCACGGCCAAAGGCAAAGCGGAACGCUCCGAAGCUGCCACUGCCGGUCUCGUUGCAUCGACUAUUGCAGCAACAGCCGCUUCCCUGGCAGUCCACGAUAAGAAAACGAAAGCACGCGUAGAAGAAGAAAAUGGACCUUGGAAAAUGUCGAUCACAGAAAACGUGGCUCUUACCCGUGCCGCAACGACCGAAAUCGGUGUACCGCGCAAACAACCACCGGUUGGCAUUGAGGACUAUGAUUUAUGCUACUGGAACGAUAUCUAUCAAGUGUCGGAGUACGCACAGGACAUCUUUGAUUACCUGCAAGAACGAGAGCCAGCCUACGACAUUCCGGACUACAUGGGAAGGCAGAAACACUUGACGAAGCGCAUGCGAGCCCUGCUGGUCGAUUGGAUGAUUGAGAUACAGGAAACAUUCGAGCUAAAUCACGAAACGCUGUAUCUGGCCGUUAAAAUAUUGGACACCUAUCUCUCGCGUGUGACGAUCAGCCACGAAGUGUUGCAGCUCGUCGGGAUUGCGAGUAUGCUCAUAGCGUCCAAGUACGACGAACGUUUGCCUCCGACGGUCGAUGAUUUUGUGUACUUUUGCGACGGUGCUUACGACCGUGCAGAUCUACUAAGGAUGGAACGUACCGUGUUCCGUACCAUCGAGUAUGAUCUCGGCUAUCCGCUGUCAUACCGUUUCCUGCGCAGAUACGCCCGCGUCAAUCGUAUCCCAAUGAUGACACUUACUUUGGCCCGCUACAUCCUUGAGACGGGCCUGAUGGACUACAACACGGUAUUGGUGCGCGAUUCCAAGCUCGCUUGCGCCGCACUCUUCAUUGCCCGCCGUAUGUUGGACCAGUCGGGAUGGAACGAAACUCUCGAAUACUACUCAUGCUACAAGGUGGAACAGUUUAAAGAUGCCAUAGUGCUGUUGAACAAUGGCAUGAGCUCGAGGCAAUAUCCCUUCGACACUGUGCGCAAUAAAUAUUCGCACGAGCUCUUCUUCGAAGUUGCCAAGCGUCCCGUCAUCACUAGCGUGGAGAAAUUGUUUGCCAACUCUAACGUAUUGUUUAAAGUACCUACCGCACCGAUGAUUGCUUCUACCGACAUGCCAGCAACCAUUCCGAUCUCUGCAGCCAAAGAAAAUGUACCGAUUUUUACCACCGGAACCAUCAACAACGCUACAUGCACCCUUAACAAAUGA